AUGGCAACACCCGAGCUGGCGAUAGCAAAGGCCUCCUUUAGCGCCCUGCUCUUCCGCAAAGAGCCUGUCUCCCUCACGAGGCCGGAGAUCGAGACGUUCCACACCCUCCUUCACGAUGCGAUACACCAGUGCUCGCCCGCCAACGUUCAGAAAUGCAAGCGAUGGAUCCUAAAGAAUCUGGCGCCCUCGCCGGCGCGUGUCGCCGCUCUUGGCAAAUACCUUGCCGCCCUCUCCAAAUCCUUCCCAGGCGAUGAUGCUACCGCCGCCGCCGCCGCUGGUGCUGCGAAGAACAAGACGAAGCCCUCCUCCAAGCGCAAGCGUCUGCACAUUCUCUACAUCCUCAACGACGUUCUCUACCACGCCGUCGUGCGGGACAGAGACACGCGCCUCGCGACGGAGCUACAGCCCAGCCUCCCGCCGCUCUUUCACGCUGCCGCUAGCUUCCACAACUGCCCGAAACACAUGCGCAAGCUGGACGAUCUCCUGUCGCUCUGGGACCAGCAAAAGUACAUCUCGACGCACACGAUCGCAGACUUGAGGGAGACGGUGAAGGAAGCCCCCCAUGGCGGUAAAGUCACCAAGGCUGCUGAGGGCGAGGGCGCGAACAACCAGACAGGGUCGAACCUCGCUGUCAAACCUGCAAAGGACGCGCCCUACAUGAUUCCCUCGAUGCACGGAGACCCGAACACGCCUUGGUUCGACCUUCCAGCUGCCAACUGGCUCCCGCAUCUUGAGUCAAACUCUACGAAGGCCAUGAAUCCCAACAUGAUCAAGCCGCUUCAGCUCGCGCCAGGCCCCGCGGACAAGGCUCUCGCCAAGGCAGUCAAGGACCUUCUCGCGGACGUCGAGAGACUAUACUCCAAGUCGGCGGCGCCCCAGCAGCCCGAUCAGCAGUCGACGGACCUGAGCGAGAUGGGCGAGCGCGUCAUCCUCGACGAGAUCACGGGCGAGGUCAUUGGGGGAGAGACAUACUACGGCUGGUCGCGCAACUUCUGCGAGAAGAUGAAGCAGCGCAAGAAGGGAAAGCCAGGAGGCGACAGACGCAGCCGUGGCCGAUCCAGCUCGCGAAAGCCCUCCACGCAAGGGCCGUUACGAAUCCAGAGACUACAGCCGAUCAAGGUCAAGGUCACGCUCCCGGUCGCGGAGUCCCUACAGAUCCCGAUCCCGAUCUCGUGA